AUGCUUACCUAUGUCGUGAUCGUAGCGAUCCGUCUCGUCACCGAGCGACGGAGCGCGACCCAGCACUACCACCUCCCUGGGAAGAAACAGCCUGCUACCAUCACCUCAUACGAAUGUCCAUAUAGCUAUAUCCGUCAGAUCUAUGGCCAUCACCACUGGUCCCCCCUCCGGAAGGAUGACCCAGCCAAAUAUGCGAUUGUCAAUGAGAUUAUGGAUGCAAUCCAUCUGUGCCUUAUGUUGGUAGAUGAUAUAUCCGACGGAAGCGAGCUCCGGAGAGGGCACGUUGCCGCGCACAGAAUUUACGGCCCUUCAGAAACAGCGAACCGCGCUUACUACCGGGUGACUCAAAUCAUCCGGAGAACAACCAUCGAGUUCCCCCAUCUCGCUCCGUGGCUGAUGCAGGAUCUGGAACAGAUCCUGGAGGGCCAGGACCUUUCCCUGGUCUGGCGCAGGGAUGGGCUGAGUGGAUUCCCCGUCGGUCACCACGAGAGGAAAGAUGCCUAUCGUCAGAUGGCGUCCCUUAAGACAGGCGCUCUGUUUCGGUUACUUGGUCACCUGGUGUUGGAGAACCGCUCCAUGGACGAGCGUUUGACGCAGAUUGCAUGGUACGCUCAACUGCAAAAUGACUGCAAGAACGUUUACUCGCUCGAAUACGCAGACCUCAAGGGCUCCUUAGCGGAGGAUCUGCAAAACCGAGAACUCAACUACCCCAUUAUUCUGGCCUUGAAUGUUCCCGGCGGCGAGCAUGUCGAGCGAGCGCUGGAGCUUCCGACGAGCCGCAACAUACGACGAGCCAUGCGAGUCAUCCAAUGCAGCAAAAUCCGUGCUCUUUGUGCGGCUGAGUUGCAGAAGUCAACCAUUGGCGUCGAGGAGUGGCUUCAGUUGUGGGGCAGGAAAGAGAAGAUGAACUUAAAGCAGGGAGUGAGUUAGAAUUGAGCAGAGAGCUUUUGGUAGCUAUGGCUCGGGAUAUACUCCUAGGCCUACCAGUUCAAUCUGUGGUUCAAAUAUGUCUUCAGUUGGAUAUUUGCGGCAAUUGGUUGUCAAAUUAGCCAGGCUUGUGGCAUAUAAGAAGC